GCGACCCGGCCCGCGUCUCGGCUCUCGGGAGCGCCGCGGCCGCAGCGAGGGGCCCGAGAUAGCCUAGUUGAAAGGCCUUGGCGUCUCGGCGGGGAGCGCGUUCCGCGCUGUAGGGUAAUCGCGCCGGGCGGCCGGCCGGCUGGCCGGGCCUCAGCGGGAGCCACCGGGGACUGCGGGCGGCCGUGGGGGCUGCGGGCGGCCGUGGGACCUGCGGAGACCUCCUCGGGGCGCAGGGAACACGCUGCAGCCUUCGCCGCGGCAGGCUUGUGGGGAGCGGCGUCCCAGCCUUUCCCGGGAGGCUCAGCCAGGUGCCUGGAGCGGGAGAGUCGGACUCAGAUUCCUGCUUUACCUAGAAUAGCAACGUGCCCUGUUCCCGUUGUACCCUCUUAAAUACUAUACUUCUUAAACGGCCUAUCUCCCGGUGAGCUCUGUUCUCUUCUCUUACGAGUAAUGAAAAUUCCUUAAGAGGAUGAAUGAAACCUCACACAUAUUGUGGACUUGGCUGAAUUGGUUAGCAAAUGACUGCUUUUGCAGGCCUUUUGUAUAUUUUAAGGGAAAUUUGGAUAUGUGCAGUGCAUCUCCUCGAAGAUGCUGAUGGUGGAAAUUUCUUGAAACUGCUCUCGUAAUUUGCCACGUGCUGUUACAAAUAUUCUGGUGAAUGAACACAGAAUCAGCAUGGCUUUCCUUUGCUGAGAAAUCACUGAUGGGAAGUGAGACUUGUUAAACUUGAAAGUGAAUGGACCUGAGUGGACCCUUUGAGCACAUCAGUAAACAUGAGCGGUACCAAACCUGAUAUUUUAUGGGCACCACACCAGGUUGAUAGAUUUGUUGUGUGUGACUCAGAACUAAGUCUUUAUCAUGUGGAAUCUACUGUGAAUUCAGAACUCAAAGCUGGAUCUUUACGUUUAUCUGAAGACUCUGCAGCUACGUUACUGUCAAUAAAUUCAGAUACACCCUAUAUGAAAUGUGUUGCCUGGUAUCUCAAUUAUGAUCCUGAAUGUCUGCUGGCAGUUGGACAAGCAAAUGGUCGAGUUGUACUUACGAGCCUUGGUCAAGAUCAUAACUCAAAGUUCAAAGAUUUGAUAGGAAAAGAGUUUGUUCCAAAACAUGCACGACAAUGUAAUACCCUUGCCUGGAAUCCACUGGAUAAUAAUUGGCUAGCUGCUGGUUUAGAUAAGCACAGAGCUGACUUUUCAGUGCUAAUAUGGGAUAUCUGCAGCAAAUAUACUCCUGAUAUAGUUCCCAUGGAAAAAGUGAAACUUUCAGCAGGUGAAACUGAAACAACAUUAUUAGUAACAAAACCACUUUAUGAGUUAGGACAGAAUGACGCUUGUCUUUCUCUUUGCUGGCUUCCACGAGACCAGAAACUUCUCCUUGCUGGUAUGCAUCGUAACCUAGCUAUAUUUGAUCUUCGGAAUACAAGCCAAAAGAUGUUCGUAAAUACAAAAGCUGUUCAGGGUGUGACGGUAGACCCAUAUUUCCACGAUCGUGUUGCUUCCUUCUAUGAAGGUCAGGUUGCAAUAUGGGAUCUUAGAAAAUUUGAGAAGCCAGUUUUGACAUUGACUGAGCAACCAAAACCCUUAACAAAAGUAGCAUGGUGUCCCACUAGGACUGGUCUACUUGCCACUUUAACAAGGGAUAGUAAUAUUAUUAGAUUGUAUGAUAUGCAGCAUACACCCACUCCCAUUGGGGAUGAAACUGAACCCACAAUAAUUGAAAGAAGUGUGCAACCUUGUGACAAUUACAUUGCUUCCUUUGCAUGGCAUCCAACAAGUCAAAAUCGAAUGAUAGUUGUAACUCCCAACCGAACAAUGUCUGACUUCACUGUUUUUGAAAGGAUAUCUCUUGCCUGGAGCCCAAUUACAUCUUUAAUGUGGGCUUGUGGUCGUCAUUUAUAUGAAUGUACGGAAGAAGAAAAUGAUAAUUCUUUAGAAAAAGAUAUAGCAACAAAGAUGCGUCUUCGAGCUUUAUCGAGGUAUGGACUUGAUACAGAGCAGGUGUGGAGGAACCACAUUUUAGCUGGAAAUGAAGAUCCACAGCUCAAGUCACUCUGGUAUACUCUGCACUUUAUGAAGCAAUACACAGAAGAUAUGGAUCAGAAAUCUCCAGGCAACAAAGGAUCGUUGGUUUAUGCAGGAAUUAAAUCAAUUGUAAAGUCAUCGUUGGGAAUGGUGGAAAGCAGCAGACAUAAUUGGAGUGGGUUGGAUAAGCAAAGUGAUAUUCAAAAUUUAAAUGAAGAGAGAAUCUUAGCUUUACAGCUUUGUGGGUGGAUAAAGAAAGGAACGGAUGUAGACGUGGGGCCAUUUUUGAACUCCCUUGUACAAGAAGGGGAAUGGGAGAGAGCUGCUGCUGUGGCAUUGUUCAACUUGGAUAUUCGCCGAGCAAUCCAAAUCCUGAAUGAAGGGGCAUCUUCCGAAAAAGGAGAUCUGAAUCUCAAUGUGGUAGCAAUGGCUUUAUCGGGUUAUACGGAUGAGAAGAACUCCCUUUGGAGAGAAAUGUGUAGCACACUGCGAUUACAACUAAACAACCCGUAUUUGUGUGUCAUGUUUGCAUUUCUGACAAGUGAAACAGGAUCUUAUGAUGGAGUUUUGUAUGAAAACAAAGUUGCAGUACGUGACAGAGUGGCAUUUGCUUGUAAAUUCCUUAGUGAUACUCAGUUAAAUAGAUACAUCGAAAAGUUGACCAAUGAAAUGAAAGAGGCUGGAAAUUUGGAAGGAAUUUUGCUUACAGGCCUUACUAAAGAUGGAGUGGACUUAAUGGAGAGUUAUGUUGAUAGAACUGGAGAUGUUCAAACAGCAAGUUACUGUAUGUUACAGGGUUCACCUUUAGAUGUUCUUAAAGAUGAAAGGGUUCAGUACUGGAUUGAGAAUUAUAGAAAUUUAUUAGAUGCCUGGAGGUUUUGGCAUAAACGAGCUGAAUUUGAUAUUCACAGGAGUAAGUUGGAUCCCAGUUCCAAGCCUUUAGCACAAGUUUUUGUGAGUUGCAAUUUCUGUGGCAAGUCAAUCUCCUACAGCUGUUCAGCUGUGCCUCAUCAGGGCAGAGGUUUUAGUCAGUAUGGUGUCAGUGGCUCACCAACGAAAUCUAAAGUCACAAGUUGUCCUGGCUGUCGAAAACCCCUUCCUCGAUGUGCGCUUUGUCUCAUUAAUAUGGGAACACCAGUUUCUAGCUGUCCUGGAGGAACCAAAUCAGAUGAAAAAGUGGACUUGAGCAAGGACAAAAAAUUAGCCCAAUUUAACAACUGGUUUACAUGGUGUCAUAACUGCAGGCAUGGUGGACAUGCUGGACAUAUGCUUAGUUGGUUCAGGGACCAUGCAGAGUGCCCUGUGUCUGCAUGCACGUGUAAAUGUAUGCAGUUGGAUACAACAGGGAAUCUGGUACCUGCAGAGACUGUCCAGCCAUAAAAUGUUAUCACCUUAAGAGAAACCUUCAAGUGUGGAACUUUCUAAUAGGUGUCCUUCAUAGCUCAGAAACAUACCUCAGAACAAGUCAUUCAUGACUUACCUGUAAUGGGAAAAUAAAUCAUUCUAUCAGAUCAGCAGUUUUGAUGUUUGAGUGAUUUUGAUGUGCUUCACAGAGACAAAUGCUGCUGAAAUAAACAUCAAAGUAUAGACAUGAGUUCUGUUCAGCAGGUUGAAAAGUCUACUUUAGAAAAACUUUCUAAGUUUUGGUUGAAAUUAUGAACACUCUACAAGCAGAAUUUCUGGAAGAGCCAAGAACAGACUUUGAGCCUAUAUCUUCAAAGCUGAAACUGGAUCUCUUUCAAUAAAAUAUGUGCACUUUUAAAAUAAAA